CCUACUACCAUGACUUCCAUCGGGACAGGUUACGAUCUUUCAGCUAGCACAUACUCACCAGAUGGCCGUAUAUUUCAGGUCGAAUACGCCAACAAGGCGGUAGAGAACUCAGGCACUGCGAUCGGGCUACGCGUUAAGGAUGGUGUCGUCCUUGCGGUGGAGAAGCUCGUACACUCCAAGCUCCUUGUCCCAGGAGCUAACCGACGCAUUCAAACAGUAGACAAACAUAUAGGCAUGGCAUCUGCCGGCCUUCUCGCCGAUGGCAGGAAAAUAUCACAGCUGGCUCGUGACUCGGGAGCUCAGGCUCGAAAACAGUGGAGAGAACCUUUAACUGUGAAGGCCCUGUCAGAUUCUGUAAGCUGGAAUGCUCAAACUUAUACGUUGUACUCGUCUGUCCGCCCGUUCGGCGUCAGUACGAUCUUUGGUGGCGUCGACAAGAGUGGUCCUUCACUGUAUAUAGUCGAGCCUAGUGGCGUCUGCCUAGGAUAUCAUGGUGCAGCGGUCGGCAAAGGCCGUCAGCUGGCCAAAACCGAGCUGGAGAAGCUUAAGCUAUCUGAACUGUCGAUGCGUGAAGCUGUUACGGAGGCUGCGAGAAUAAUAUACCUCGUCCAUGACGACAACAAAGAGAAGGAAUUUGAGCUGGAGAUGACUUGGGUUGGUGUUGAGUCCAACAACCUUCAUUUACCUGUACCAGCCAACCUCCUUGAAGAGGCAAAGAGGAAAGCUCAGGAGGCAUUAGAGACUUUUGAAUAAUUUCAGAUAAUAGCACGUUUGAUAUCAUCGUUCCUCGAUUCACCCGGAAAA